GCGGCUAGCUGUCGGGAGCACUGGGCAUGCUCAGCGGCGCAGGUUUUGGUCACAAGUAGGAAGGAGGUAGUGCAGGACACCGGCAAAUAGACGCGGGAGCCACCGCCGCGCCGCGGCUGUGGGGGCCGCCGCCGCCGCCUCGGAGCAGGAGCGGGGCGGGAGCCGGAACGGGCGAGGGUCCAGGCCGUCGGGCAGAGGGCCGCCCAGCCCGCCCCCCGGUCCGCCGCCUCCGUCCGCGCGGUACACCCGACCCCUGGGUCGGUCCUCCGGGUAGCGAGGAACUCGCGCGGGGGAGCCGGAGCGGACCGGACCCUCCCUCCGCCGGCUGCGGCCCGAGGGCGCCCCCUCGGGUCUGAGCCGCCGCCGCCUUCUGCGGGCAGCUGAGUGUCCGGCCCGCGCCGGGAGCCCGGAGCGGCCGCCGCCGGCCCAGAGGGCGAGGAGAGGGGGGCGACCAUGGGGCUUCUGUCCCAGGGCUCGCCACUGAGCUGGGAGGAGACCCAGCGCCACGCCGACCACGUGCGGCUGCACGGAAUCCUGCAGUUCCUGCACAUCUACCACGCCGUCAAGGACCGGCACAAGGACGUGCUCAAGUGGGGGGACGAGGUGGAAUACAUGUUGGUAUCUUUUGAUCAUGAAAAUAAGAAAGCCCAACUGGUAUUGUCUGGAGAGGAACUUCUUGAAACUCUGCAAGAAAAGGGGGAAAGGACAAACCCAAACCACCCUACCCUUUGGAGACCAGAGUAUGGGAGCUACAUGAUCGAGGGGACACCUGGCCAGCCGUACGGAGGGACCAUGUCUGAGUUCAACACAGUCGAGGACAACAUGAGGAAGCGCCGCAAGGAAGCAACAUCUCUACUGGGGGAAAACCAGGCCCUCUGCACAAUCACUUCGUUUCCCAGAUUAGGCUGCCCUGGGUUCACGCUGCCCGAGUUCAAGCCCAACCCAGUGGAAGGAGGAGCUUCCAAGUCCCUCUUCUUUCCUGAUGAAGCGAUAAACAAGCACCCGCGCUUCAGUACCCUCACCAGGAACAUCCGGCACAGAAGAGGAGAGAAGGUGGUCAUCAACGUCCCAAUAUUUAAGGACAAGAAUACACCAUCUCCAUUUAUAGAAACAUUUCCUGAGGAUGAUGAGGCAGCAAAGGCUUCUAAGCCCGACCACAUUUACAUGGAUGCUAUGGGCUUUGGGAUGGGCAAUUGCUGUCUGCAGGUAACAUUCCAAGCCUGCAGCAUAUCUGAGGCCAGAUACCUUUAUGAUCAGUUGGCCACUAUCUGCCCAAUUGUCAUGGCUUUGAGCGCUGCGUCCCCUUUUUACCGAGGCUAUGUGUCAGACAUUGAUUGUCGCUGGGGCGUGAUUUCUGCAUCUGUAGAUGAUAGGACUCGGGAGGAGAGAGGACUGGAGGUGGGACCACUGAAGAACAACCACUAUAGGAUCAGUAAGUCCCGAUACGAUUCAAUAGACAGUUACUUAUCUGAGUGCGGUGAGAAAUAUAAUGACAUCGACCUGACGAAAGACAAAGAAAUCUAUGAACAGCUGUUGCAGGAAGGCAUCGAUCAUCUCCUGGCCCAGCACGUGGCUCAUCUCUUCAUUAGAGACCCGCUGACUCUGUUUGAAGAGAAAAUCCACCUGGACGAUGCCAACGAGUCCGACCAUUUUGAGAAUAUUCAGUCCACAAAUUGGCAGACAAUGCGAUUUAAGCCUCCUCCUCCAAACUCCGACAUUGGAUGGAGAGUGGAAUUCCGGCCCACGGAGGUUCAGUUGACAGACUUCGAGAACUCCGCGUACGUGGUGUUCGUGGUGCUGCUCACCAGGGUGAUCCUUUCCUACAAGCUGGACUUUCUCAUCCCGCUGUCAAAGGUUGAUGAGAACAUGAAAGUAGCACAGAAGCGAGAUGCUGUCCUGCAGGGAUUGUUUUAUUUCAGAAAAGAUAUUUGCAAAGGUGGCAACGCCAUGGUGGACGGCCGCGGCAAGACCACGGGCAGCACCGAGCCAGCAGCCGAGGAGUACGCGCUCAUGACCAUCGACACCAUCAUCAACGGCAAGGAAGGCGUGUUUCCCGGGCUGAUCCCCAUCCUGAACUCUUACCUGGAAAACAUGGAGGUGGACGUGGACACCAGAUGCAGUAUUCUGAACUACCUGAAGCUGAUUAAGAAGAGAGCAUCCGGAGAAUUAAUGACAGUUGCCAGAUGGAUGAGGGAGUUUAUCGCAAACCAUCCAGACUACAAGCAAGACAGUGUAAUAACUGAUGAGAUGAACUAUAGCCUUCUUUUAAAGUGUAACCAAAUCGCAAAUGAAUUAUGUGAAUGCCCAGAGUUACUUGGACCAGCAUUUAGGAAAGUAAAGUACAGUGGAAGUAAAACUGACUCUUCCAACUAGACGUCCUGCAGAAGGAGAAAUGCUUCACCGUGUUAGUGAAGGACUGACCGCAGGAUCAGCCCGUGUGCAGGGUGUGAAGACCAGAUAAUAGCACUGCACUGUUUCCUGGGCUGCUCCGCAGAAGUGGGUUUAGGCAAAUCUAGAGUUUAUACAGUGUACAUGUACAUAGUAAAGUAUUUUUAUGAUUAACAAUGUAUUUUAAUAACACUGUAUCUAAAGUCAUAUGUGAGCUGGCUUGUACAUUUUUCAGUUCUGACUCUGGAACAACUACUGUGGAAAUGGUUUUGUAAAUGUAACUUACUGAUAACUAUACUAUAUCUGCAUUCCAGAGUUUAAAAUGUUUACUGUAAAUUUUGGGGUUUUUUUAAAAGACUUUACCUGGACCUGAUUCACUGAAAUCUAUCACUUCACCUUGAAAACAGUUUGUCCUGCUAAUUUUCUUUGAGUCAUCUCCUUUAGCAUAUACAUAAAAUCACCGUUGAAUCCACCAAAGUGCUUUGAGGGGAAGCUUAGAUUUCCGGCACCUUAUCUAUGACGAUUCUUUUGUAAUUGGAAGAGCUAACCCUUCGGUAACCCUGUCCCAAGCUUUUCCCACUAAAGAGAACCCACUGAACUGACAGUACUUUCUGUCUACGUUUGCUAAUUUUGGCAUCAAGUUUGAAGACGACUCUGGAGAAGGACUCUGCGUUCACAUGUAGUGAUUAUUGGGGGUGAUUUUUUUUUAUGGAAAAAAUGGGGAGAAUCGUUUUUCUUCUUGUACAUACCAAGAGUAAUGUCAAAAAUGCCACCAGCUCUUCUGUUGUGGUCACCUGUUUAUUCUGAUUGCUGCUGUCUACUUUAAGUUUUCAAAUCAAACGCAGCUGCUGAAGUUUUUGUUUUGUUACUUUUUCUCUAGUUUCCAGCAAGCAUAUUACAGACAUUCUUCUAAAAGCCAUUCAUUCUAGAUUUUACCUGAGGAUUAUUCUACAUACUGCUUACCUUCUCUGCGAAACUCAUAAACAGAUCAUGAUAUGCACUAAGUUUUGUGAGUCAGGACCCUAAAUGUUUAAUUGUAAAUAAUUUAAGUUGCACAGAAUUGUUAGAGCUUUUUGUUGAAGUUUUUUUCCCCAAUUAAAAGUCUUAAAACUGCUUCUGAAAAAACUAUGUAUAGUAGAUUAUGCAAACUUUACAGGCAUAAAUAUCUAAACUGUCAUGCUAAUUUUAAGAAAUUGCCAUAAAGCUUCAGCUAAACCUGUUUAUGUAUAGAUACUAGGGUUUGUGCUCUAUUUCAUACAUGCAUUUUGGAGGAUUAAAGGACGCCUGUUUUUCCUUUGCAAUUUGCUCGUGUAAACUCAGUUUGUAAAAAGGCAGUAAAGUGUUUGUGGUAUGAGGAAAUAAAAGAAUGGAAUUGGCAUUGUGAAAA